CCCAGUGGUCAGAUGCUUAGUUCUUAACUCUUAGUUCGCGAAAUGAAGGUUUAUAGCGUUCUACUAUACUUUGUUGUGGUCAUGCUAUUUAUAGUUAAAGUCGAUGGUGCUGAACAAAACAUUCCUAAUUCAUCGUUCAUCGGUGCUGAGUAUCAGCUGAUAGCAGCCAGGCUGGAUGAUCUUCAGAAAACGCUGACGGAUAUAAAAUUAGCAAUGAAGGGAGAUCGAGCCACUACUGAGAGAAAGCUACCUGAUGAGUUGAAUCUACUACAGCAUGCAAUAUUCGACAAGCUCACCACCCUGCAGAAUCAGUCCAAUAAAAUGGUUAUUAAGCAAAUAGCCAGCACUACUCAGGAACAGAGCAGGAAGGAAAUUCAAAAGCUGGCAUCGAAGGAAGAUUUUGCCCUGUUCAAGAUAGAUCCAGCCUUAUAUUUUCGCAGUAUUUCGACUCGAUCGUGCAAGGAAGAGCCAUCGAAUCGCACAGGAGAGUUUUUGAUACAACCUACUCAAAACGAUGAACCUUUCCUGGGAUAUUGCGAACAGACUGCUUUCGGAGGAGGUUGGUUAGUGUUCCAGUACCGUUACGAUGGAUCGGUCGACUUUUACCGCAACUGGACCGAGUAUCGAAACGGGUUCGGCAGCAUGGAUGGAGAGUUCUGGCUCGGGCUGGAGCAUUUGCAUCGGAUGACUUCGGCUCAAAAGCACGAGCUGUUGGUGGAGCUGAAGCAUUUUAAUGGCAGCUACAUGUACGCACGGUAUGAUGAAUUUGAGAUUGGCAAUGAGAAGGAUCAAUAUCCGCUGGCGAGGCUGGGAUCGUACACCGGAACAGCCGGCGACUCAAUUAGCAUCCACAAGGGCAUGAAGUUUUCGACCAAGGAUCGGGACAAUGAUAAAAGUGAUUGUGCUAAGUUGUGGAAGGGAGCAUGGUGGUACAAAAAUUGCGGGUAUGCUAAUCUUAAUGGAGGUUUUAAAAAUGGUAAUGAUAAAACAUCCAUGCAUUGGUAUACAAACAAUUUUAUAGGAAUGGCAUACACAAGAAUGUCGAUUCGCGAGAAGUAACGGUUAGUGAUCUGUAUUUUUGUAUUAAAGAAAUGAAAUAAACCCAAGCAUCCAUUCCGA